AUGUCCACUGCAGACCCUCUCGAAUCCAGCAGCAGCGAGUCGCGGCUUUCAUCGCCCAUCCUUUCCUUAGCUCGGCCAGCGGGUGCAUCCUCCCGGUGGGAUUGGCCGCUUCUAAAGAUAGCCGUCCCCACCAUCCCCUUCGCGGACAAAGCGUCGGCGCGGGCGGGAAUCCUCGACUUCCGCCGCCAAUCACACCACGCCGCCCACGCACUGGGCAGGCCGGGAAAUUGGGGAGAGGCCGCGGCCUGGGAAAUUAUUCGCCCCCCCGAGCCACUCGCAGUGCUCCGUACGCAGGACUAA